AUGAGAAUCUCUCACCUGGCAGGUCUCCUGUCCAUCGUGUCCGGCACCCUAGCCGCGACCUUCAAGUCCUGCACCGCCGCGCAAAUCGUCACCCUCGAAGCGGCCAUCGAGCGAGCUACCAACAAGUCGUUUACGGCGAUUGAGCACCUGGAGGAUAACCCCAACGGUAGCGAUGUCCAGACAACGUGGUACGGAAAGUUCAGCACCGACCGCUAUAAUCGCGUGUUGACGGCUUUCAAGAAAUUCGCGCCUGAUUUGGCCACUACGUUCUCAUACGAUUGCUCGUGUACCAGCACCGCCGUAUACGCGACUAUUGGCGGCACGUACGGCGACGUCAGAAUUUGUAGUGUGUAUUUCAACGAGGCGAUGCUUCCGCCUGCUGGGCGGCAUCGCAAUCAGUGGGAUACUAUCAUCCAUGAGGCGACGCACUUUCGAGAUGUGUUAGGAACAACGGACUAUGGGUAUGAUGUCGACUACUGCAAGCAAUUUGCCCUUGAAGAUCCCGAGAAGGCGGUUAAGAACGCAGAUAAUCACGCCCGCUUUGCUGUUGAGGUGCCGCCUUGGGGUCCCUAA